CAGCUGUCAAAAAAACGAGAUGCAUUUUAAAAUAAAGUACCCUCUCGGGUACCCCAGUAUAAAUCUACUUUCAACUUUGGAAUUCCUCGUAACACUACAAAGACGGAUAGUCCGGGUGUAAAGAAAAAAGCAAUAUUACAAAAUAGACGAAUCUUACGGAUUGAACGGCGGAAAUGGCAACUGCGCAAGCUCAAGAACCAAUUUGGCAAUGUGAUAAAUCACUGGUCGAGUGUCUGAAUCAUCUAUUCGCAUCCGGUAUAGCAUGUGAAGUCACAUUCCUGGUUGGAGAAGACAAAUACAGGAUUUCGGCCCAUACAAACUAUUCUGAUCAGCAGAAGUCCUGUAUUUUACACCAUGUUUGAGGGAAAUCUCGCCGAAAAGGGGCGAAAUAGCAAUUCCGGAUAUUGAACAAGAGGUGUUCACAAUGUUUUUGAGGUAUCUGUAUACAGACACAAUAGAACUGACCGUCAAAACUUCAACCUCUAUCCUGUCAGCUGCGAGGAAAUACAUGGUUGACCGUCUUGUCAAAAAGUGUGAAACUUUUCUAAAGAGUUCUCUUACGGCUGAAAAUGUAUGUCUUCUAUUAGAACAAGCCCAUAUCUACACAGAAGAAAGCCUGAAGGAAGACUAUCGACGCGUCAUCGCAAGGUCUUCGAAAGAAGCGCUGAAGUCCAACAGUUUCGUCGACCUGUGUGGCGUCUGUGUGAAGAGUAUCACAGAGUCGGACGAAUUAGCGGUGGAGGAGAGCGUGGUGUACGAGGCGGUGAUGAGUUGGUCUGAGGGGGAGUGUGGACGUCAGGGCCUGGAGGUGACGGAUACAAAUAGACGGGAGGUACUAGGGGACAUAAUCUACACAGUCAGGUUCCCCAUCAUAGACGCCAAGUAUUUAUCACAGCAUGUCAUUAAGAGAGAUGUUCUGACGGCAGAACAGUUACUGAGCAUCCUAAGAUUUCAGCAGGACAACAAAACAUAUCCCUGCACAGAAUUUACCGUGAACCAACGAGCACUUAGAAAACCAGUAACACUUGUAAAAGAAUGCAUAAGCAGAUUUAAGGGUACGGCGCGCAAUAAACGGAGUGUAAUGCUUGUUGCUGAUAGCGAAUCGAUAUCGUUUGUCUCCACCGUUGACAUUUCGCUGCAUGGACUGCAGCUUUACGGUUCGAAAAAGGGAGAACUUAAUAUUCUUAUAGGAGUCUACAAUCAGGCUGGUGACACUCUAUACGAGAAAACACACAUGUUGCCGAAUAAGGAAGAGGUUACUAUAGAAUUCCAGCACAUCAUCAAAAUAACACCAGGACAAACAUAUACUGUCGUCAUACACGGAGGGGUGCACACAAAGGUGUAUGGAACGCAGGGAUGUAGCACGGUGAAAUGCCGUGAUGGAGAAAUCCGAUUCAUGUCAA